AUAUAUAUUAAAAAAAAAAGACCGUCAUUGUGUCUCUCUUUAAAGCCCCACAGGCGCCUAUUUUCUAACCGUUUAAACCACGUUUCCCUCUUUCUUUCUCAUGCAUUGUGUUUUGUAAACAAUUCAAGAGCUUCUUGUUCGACUGUUCCUUUUCCGGUCCAAGAAUCAAAACAAUGCUGCCAUUGCCAAGGAUCCUUCUUGUUUCCUUGUUUCUUCUCUUAACCUCAGCUGAAAACACCUCCUUUGAUUUCCCUUUCUUCACUGUCAGGAACCUCACCCUUCUCGGCGAUUCCAAUCUUAAAAAUGGCGGCCUCAUAGGCCUCACCAGGGAGAUUGGUGUUCCUUAUUCAAGCUCGGGCAGCCUUAUCUAUGAAAACCCAAUUCGUUUCUUUGAUCAAGAAUCCAAUAUCACUGCUUCUUUCUCAACAAGUUUCUCUUUUUCCAUUAACAAUCUCAACCCAACCUCUUUUGGUGAUGGCUUAACCUUUUUUCUUUCAUCUGAUAACCUAACUCUCGGCAGUGCCGGUGGGUAUCUCGGUCUUGUCAACUCUUCACAACCGACCAAGACCAGGUUUUUAGCCGUUGAAUUUGAUUCUAAGCUUGAUACCGAGUUCAAUGAUCCCAAUGGGAAUCAUGUCGGUUUGGAUAUCAACGAGCUCGAUUCAAUCAUCACAGCUGAUGCAUUGUUGCAAAACAUUGAUUUAAAGAGUGGGAAUUUGAUUACUGCUUGGAUUGAUUACAAGAAUGAUUUGAGGGUUUUGAAUGUUUUCUUGAGUUAUUCAACUGUAAAGCCUCCAACCCCAUUGUUAUCUCUGGAGAUUGAUUUGUCUCACUACCUUAAAGAUGAUAUGUUUGUUGGUUUUUCAGCUUCAACAGAAGGGAGUACUGAAGUUCAUUUGAUUUACAAUUGGAGUUUCAGGACUUUUGGUUUCCUGCCUGUGAGAUCAAGAUCACAUCCUCAUAAUGUAUCUGAGAGUUCAGUAUCAGCAAUAACAGGCAUUCCUAUUUCAAAUUCUACCAAAAAACACCAUAAGAAGUUUGGUUUAGGACUUGGUAUUGCUGGUCCAGCUUUCUUUUUUGUGGUUCUUGCGGUUUUUGGUUAUGUUUCUGUGAAGAAAUGGAAGGGUAUGAAAGUAGAAAAGUGUUUGAAAGCAGAGAUUUUGACUGGACCAAGGGAGUUUAGAUACAAAGAGUUGUAUGCAGCCACAAGAGGGUUUCACUCAAGUAGGAUCAUAGGACGUGGUGCAUUUGGAAAUGUUUAUAAGGCCGUUUUCUUUUCUUCGGGGGCUAUCGGAGCGGUGAAAAGAUCGAAACACUCCCACGAAGGGAAAACUGAAUUCCUUGCUGAACUGUCCAUUAUAGCUGGUUUGAGGCAUAAGAAUUUGGUUCAGCUACAAGGUUGGUGUGCUGAGAAAGGUGAAUUGCUACUUGUUUAUGAUUUUAUGCCUCAUGGAAGCCUUGAUAAGCUGCUUCAUCCAGAACCUGAGAAUGGGAUAUUGUUGACAUGGUCCCAUAGGCAAAAUAUUGCUAUUGGAUUGGCCUCUGUCUUAGCAUACCUGCACCAAGAAUGUGAACAACAAGUCAUUCACAGAGACAUUAAGACAAGUAAUAUAAUGCUUGAUGGCAACUUUAAUCCAAGACUUGGUGAUUUUGGAUUGGCAAGGUUGAGGGAUCAUGACAAGAGCCCGGUUUCAACACUUACUGCAGGAACCAUGGGCUACCUUGCUCCUGAGUAUCUUCAAUAUGGGAAAGCGACUGAGAAAACGGAUGUUUUCAGCUACGGUGUCGUUAUUCUUGAAGUGGCUUGUGGUAGGAGGCCAAUUGAGAGAGAAGUAAACAGCCAGAAAAUGGUGAAUUUGGUUGAUUGGGUGUGGGGAUUGUAUGGUCAGGGAAGGAUCAUUGAAGCUGCUGAUACAAGGCUAAAUGGGGCUUUCAAGGAGGAAGAUAUGAGGAAACUGCUGCUUGUAGGUUUGAGCUGUGCACACCCUGAUAGUGCUGAGAGGCCUUCAAUUAGGAGAGUCCUUCAGAUACUUAACAAUGAGGCAGAUCCUAUACCCGUGCCAAAGAUGAAACCAAGUCUCACUUUCUCUUGUAGCUUAACUGUUGAAGACCUUGUCUCAGAUGACGAAGAAAGCAAAACAACUGCUUGAGGGUGAGCAGGAAUUCAAAGCUGACUUAGAGUUAGAUUUAAAUUUCUAAUAUGCACAAUUAUUUGAUUGUUUUAGGACCCUACAUUAUAGUAUUACUUCAAUUUAGUUUCCUUAUUUUGAGACUAGGAGUUCAUUAGUCUGAGUUCAAAAGUACUGUAUUGAACUAUGUGGUCUCUGCUGUAACCUGAAAAUAUAUUUCUAAGUUUUGAGAUAAACUUACUCUGAUCUAUCAUGUUCCUUCAUCUAAUAAGAUGAGAAAAAUGAAGAGAAA